AUGUCCACUGCCACUACUCUGCACACGACUGGCCCACCGUGGCGCUCACAUUGCAACACUGAAUCGCCGUCUACGGAACCGCAGACUGAGGGGGUUGCUAAUGGGCACUCGUUACCCCCUACAUAUAGCGACGCACCUCAGACCUGGGUGGACAGGACCGAGGACAGGGCACAAGAGUCCGACACACACGCACCGGAUUCAGGAUACUAUGUGAUCCCCAAUGUGCUGGCACAUAGUUCGCUGUGGUACGUCAAUGAACUCACGGGAGAGGUAGUACAUCACCCGCCCCCGUCACACUCUCAGGCACAAGCCGUGCGAAGUGGUGUGUGUUGGGCGGUCUUUAUCAGCACGCAGGAUAUCAAGGCCGGCGACGAGCUAUUUAUAGACUACCAGUUGGCCGGCCCGCCGUAUCCGGAAUGGGCCAGAGAUUGGUAUAGUUGA